GAUCUCUUGUAUAUUGUAUACUGAGAUCUUCACUCUGCUCUCUCUCUCUCUCUCUCUCUCUCUCUGUAGCCCUUCUCCUGCAACUUAUUCUAAUGGAAAAGAAAAAAGAAGAUUUCAUUUACAGAUCAAAGCUUCCAGAUAUUUGCAUCCCAAACCAUCUCCCUCUCCAUUCCUAUUGCUUCCAAAAUAUAUCCCAACACACCUCUCGUCCGUGUCUGAUCAAUGGCCCAACCGGCCAAGUUUACACUUAUGCUGACGUGGAGCUUAUCUCACGUAAAGUUGCCACCGGACUCAACAAACUCGGCAUCCAAUCGGGUCAGGUUAUCAUGAAUUUGCUACCAAACUCGCCCGAGUUUGUGUUCACCUUCCUUGGUGCCUCAUAUCGUGGUGCUAUCACCACCACCGCAAAUCCCUUCUAUAUGCCGGCGGAGAUAGCCAAGCAAGCGAAAGCCGCGGAUGCUAAGCUCAUUGUCACACAAGCUUGUUAUGUUGAGAAGGUGAGGAACUUCGCUCAAGAGAAUGAUAUUAAGAUUGUUUGCAUUGACUCGGUCCUAGAGGGUUGUUUGCAUUUCUCCGAAUUGACUCAGUUGGAUGAGAGCGAGUUGCCGAUUGUUGAUAUUGACCCGGACGAUGUUGUGGCACUACCAUUCUCGUCCGGGACAACCGGGUUGCCGAAAGGGGUGAUGCUGACUCACAAGAGCUUAGUCACUAGUGUGGCUCAGCAGGUGGAUGGGGAUAACCCUAAUUUGUAUUACCAUUGUGAGGAUGUGUUGCUAUGUGUGUUACCUUUGUUCCACAUCUAUGCCCUCAACUCGGUAUUACUUUGUGGGUUACGAGUCGGCGCAGCGAUUCUGAUUAUUCCUAGGUUUGAAAUUAAUGCACUAAUGCAACUUGUACAAAAAUACAAGGUUACAGUUGCCCCGUUGGUACCACCGAUCAUCUUAGCGAUCACCAAGUGUACGAUUGUUGAUAAUUACGAUCUUUCGUCGAUUCGCAUAGUGAAGUCUGGGGCUGCACCUAUGGGGAAGGAUCUUGAAGAUGCUUGUAGAGCUAUGAUCCCCAAUUCCAAGUUUGGUCAGGGAUAUGGGAUGACUGAGGCUGGGCCAGUCCUAUCGAUGGGCCUAGCUUUUGCAAAGGAGCCAUUUGAGAUAAAACCUGGAGCAUGUGGGACUGUUGUUAGGAAUGCUGAGUUGAAGAUCAUAGACCCUGAGACUGGAGCUUCUCUAACCCGUAAUGAGGCUGGAGAGAUUUGCAUUAGAGGUGCCCAAAUCAUGAAAGGGUACCUUAAUGAUCCAGAGGCUACAGAGAGAACCAUUGACAAGGAGGGUUGGUUACAUACAGGGGAUGUUGGGUAUGUUGAUGAUGAUGAUGAGAUCUUCAUUGUGGAUAGAUUGAAAGAAAUCAUCAAGUACAAAGGGUUCCAGGUAGCCCCCGCUGAGCUUGAGGCGAUGCUCAUCAUGCAUCCGAAGAUCUCCGAUGCUGCCGUAGUCUCCAUGAAAGAUGAAGCUGCUGGUGAAGUUCCUGUUGCAUUUGUUGUGAAAUCCAACGGUUAUGAUAUUAGUGAAGAUGAAAUCAAGCAAUACAUCUCAAAACAGGUGGUGUUUUACAAGAGGAUCAACAGGGUUUUCUUUGUCGAUGCCAUUCCAAAGUCACCAUCUGGCAAGAUUUUACGAAAGGAUGUAAGAACAAAGUUGGCUGCAGGUGUUCCCAACCAGUUAUGAUGUGAAGGGCUCUCUUUUAUGCCAUACUACCUCUAGACCUUGAUUUGUUUAUAUGUUGUAAACUUAUCAUUUGUACUUAGUUUAAAUACAUCCAUGGAGGGUUUUAUGAUGA